AUGGCCUCCGCACUCCGCCCCGCCAUCCUCCGCCACGCCCUGGGCGCACCCGCCUCCACCCGCGCCCUCACCACCUCCGCCCUCCCCGCCUUCAGAGCGCACCACCUCGCACAACGAUCACCACUCGCCCUCCAACGAGCAACCUUCCAGACCUCCACCAAACGAGCCAUCCUCCCCGCCCUACCCCAAGUGAUCAGGGGGACCGUCAACGACCCGGUUACCGUGAGGGAUGCCGAUCCGACGCAUGGGAGCUAUCAUUGGACGUUUGAGAGGAUACUCUCCGCCGGUCUAAUCCCCAUAACCCUCGCCCCCUUCGCCGCCGGCUCGCUCAGCCCGGUGCUGGACGGCGCCUUGAUCGGCAUGAUCAUCGUUCACAGUUACAUUGGGUUUGAGUCCAUCAUAACCGACUACCUCCCCAAAUGGCGCGUCCCCAUCACCCGCCGCAUCCUGGAAUGGGGCAACGUGCUCGCCGUCUUCGUCGUCGGAUGGGGUUACUACGAAUUCGAGACGAAUGAUGUCGGGUUGACGGAGGGCAUUAAGCGGAUUUGGCGGGCUGGGAGUAGCAGCAGUAGCAGUAGCAGCAGCAGCAGCCUGACCUCGUAA